AAAACCCUCCUCUCGCCCGCUGCAAGACAAGCGCCCUUUUGUCUGGGGGAAAAGGACCUACCACCCUUUCGACGGCACUCACGCAGCCUCCGGAUGCCUAACUGCAGGAAACCUCCCUCCUUCCACUGACUCGCUGUUAAAAUUUAAUGCGGUUAAGAAACGGGUGUUAAAAAUCACCCUUCUGCAUGGGAACUCUUUGCACAGCCCAGCAAAGUGCACCCACACAAGGCUGCGGGCUGGAAGGACCCUUGUCCCAAGAGGUGAUGCAGCGCCAGUGCUGAUUUUCUCUGCAGGGGGGUCCCACUGCUGCAGAAGGACCAUCUGCCAGCACUGCUGUGGCCAGCAGCGGUGUGAGCCCACGGCAAAGCUCUGGACCCUGGGCCAGGAAGCUCUGUGAGAGUCAGCCCAGGCAGGCAAAUCGCUCCUCACCCUCCUGUCCCUCUCGGGAUGGACAGAGCCUCAGUGGGGCUGCAGAGCCACAAGCCACCGAGAAGAUGCUGGCUCUGUCCGUCCAUCCACUCCUCUGGCUGUUGGGCUGCGCGCUGUGCCAAGGUACUACAACAUCCAACUCUGUCCACACUGUAACAGGUCAAUCCCAAACAACACCACAAAGCCCGGAAGUAAAGAACCAUACCACAGAGCCUUUAGUAAACUCAACACUACCAACCAACUUGAGUCUCACCUCUGUGGGUCGAGCUACUACAGCCAAAUCCUCUUCCAUCACUACAAAACUGCCAGAGCUGACUGCGCAAGAUGAUAAGACUAGUGGAAGCAGAAGCACAGCAGCUUCAUCAACUCAAGGUCAAGAGCCCAAGAGAAAUGAGAGUACCACAACACCAGCAACUCAAGGCACCUCAAAGCCAGUCACCCCAACAUCAAAGCCCUCUGGCUACUUGCCUGAGCCCACUCCAACAGAUGAGAAAUCACCACUGACGGUGGCUGCUUUUGGUGUCAUCAGCUUCAUAGUUAUCCUGAUAGUGGUUGUGAUCAUUCUGGUCAGCGUGGUCAGCCUGAGGUUCAAGUGUAACCACUCAAAGGACUCAGAAGACAAACAGAAACCAGGAACCUCCAUGGUAUCAGAGAGCUGCUCGGCAGGCACAAGCCAGAGGGAUAACAGUAUCACUCUGAUCUCCAUGAAGAACAUCAACAUGAACAACAGCAUGAGUUACCCACCGUCAGAAAAGGUGCUAUGAAGCCAAGGGCACAGAGCUUGAAACUGACCCGUGACAACCAGCAGUGACUCUAGUUUUUUUUUUUUCCUUUUCCUUGGAGAAAGAGCAAGGGUAGACUUUAUAUAUAAAUUAUUAUGCCCUUUCUGAUCAGUACAUUUACAGUAGCAUCCCGCAUAGCUUCUUUGCCUGGAGUCUAAGGGCUUUCUCCAGUUACAGCCUGCCAUACUCAAUGGUGGAUAUCUAUUUUUUAUAUGCCUUCAAAUCCUCAGAUUAUUCCAGCAGCAAGAAGCACCAAGGAACCAUCUACUUUGCUAAUAAACUGCUGCCUUAGAUUACUGGCCUUUAUAUUCUGUGCCAGCCAGCCACAGGCUCAUUAAUCAGUAUAGCCCCAUAUUGAGUCAAACCUGUGCAUUAGAAAAGCAUGAUCUGAAGCUGAAGGCCUAACGGGAUGUAAAUGGCCAAGUGCUUGGCCAAAUGCCAGCCCGACUGCUCCAAGGCCCUUAUCCUUGGUGCCCUCAUUGUCCUCACAGUGAUGGGGAUGAUCAUAGCCACCUACCUUACGGGGUUGUUGUGAGGCUAUGGUAAUCAAUGUCUGUAAUGCAUUUGGAGAGCCAUGAAUUAAAGGUGCUGCUGAAAUGCAAACUGCCAUCGUAAAUACUUUAUUGUUAGUAAGUGAGCUUCAGGCAGGCAGACUGCUAUCUUCCCAUAGGUCCAACACGCUCAAAGAAGACUCAUCUUAAGUGUAAAGAACAAGGUCUCUGCACAAACAGGGUUUUAUCUGAGUGUGGAAAGGAGUGGCCACAAAAUGCUGAGCUACUUCAGCUCCUGAAGUCUGGCAGCCUGAGUUUGCUGGAAGAGUUUCUAUACCAUCACUUUCCCAGAGCUUCCUGAUAGACCAGAAAAGCAGGUGCCCCUUCCAGUUCAGCCAGAGCACCCACUUUAUGGCAAUACUAAGAACCACCAGUGCCUCCCGAGUCCCACGAUAAUGAGAACAGUCCUCCAUUAGCCUCCACAGUGCUUGCAUUGGGAGCCAGCUGGUUCACAGC